UCCGGUUUCCGGAGUCUCUUUUUGUGACCGGGUCUCAGCGGUGCAGAGGUAGCGGUGGCUAUGAGGCAGAAGCACUACCUUGAGACUGCGGCGCGGAAACUACAAGAUAGCUGCCCGGGCCAGGCCCGCUAUCUCCUCUGGGCCUACAGUUCGUCACACGAUGAUAAAAGCACUUUUGAAGGAACAUGUCCAUACUGUUUCCAGUUGCUGGUUCAGGAUAAGUCUCGAGUACGUCUCAAACCCAAACCCAAAUUGACACCCAAAAUACAGAAACUUCUUAAUCGAGAAGCAAGAAAUUAUACACUCAGUUUUAAAGAAGCAAAAAUUUUGAAAAAGUACAAAGACUCCACAAGUGUAUUGGUGAUUACUUGUAAAACAUGCAACAGAACAGUUAAACAUCAUGGUAAAAGUAGAAGCUUUCUAUCAACAUUGAAGAGCAAUCCUACCACUCCUGCAAGUAAACUCAGCCUAAAGACCCCAGAGAGAAAGACUCUAAGUUCUGCAAAACUAAAUCAUGAUAUGUCUGGUUCCAAAGCCAAGAGCCCAGCAUUGAUUUUCAGAAGAGCUAAAUCUGGACAGUCAACACCCAUUUGCUCCUCAAAGAAUGUGAGCAAAACAAAGAAACACUUCUCUCAACUAAAAAUGUUGCUUAGUCAGAGUGAAUCCGAAAAGAAUCCAAAGGUGGACUUCAGAAAUUUCUUGUCUUCUUUGUAAAGGAUGGACUAUGAAAAUAAGAAAUGUUUAAUGUAAUUUCUGAAACUAAAGUUAGUCAGAAAACCUACUUUUAAAGAACUUAUUUAUUCUUAAAAUACAUGGAAACUAGGGUUCAAGAGCAAACUUUUCUUGGCAUUCUUCAGUGUUUAUGGAGAAAAUACCUCAUUAGAAUGAAAAACUGAAACCUGCCUACCUCACCAGGUGAUUGUGAGGAUCAAAAAUAUAUGAAAGGUCCUUGUAAGUAGUAAAGAUAUAUAUGGAAUUGAGUGGUUAUAUUAUUAUUUUCUCCUCCCUUAAGUUUUCAUUAUGUCAUUUUAUUUCAUAAGGAAAUUGAGAUCUUUAUGAGAGGUGUGCUUACUCCUUUCUAGGUGUCUGUAACCUUAUUGAUAAUUCAGAAAAACAAAGUAUAAUAUUUCACCAUAAGUGGCA